ACCCAAAGUUUCAAAAACUACCACCAUUUCCUCAGUCUCAACAGUAAACAGAUAAUGGAUAUUUCGCCACUCUCCACCACCCCACGCUUCCCUCAUUCUCCCACUCCCUUCUCCUCCAUCGCCACCACAACCAUUUCUUUCUCCCUCAAACCAACACCUCCACCACCACCAGAACCCACCAAUUCUUCCUCUAUUCGCCGUCCCAAAUCACUCACUCCAACACCCUCCACCAGCUCCACCCCAACCCCAACCACCCCUAAAUUCCCCAAGAACCCUCUCAAAACCCUCCUCAACCCCUCCAAACCCUCAGUAACAAGCACCACCACCACCAACCCUCUUUCUCUCUCCACCAAACUCCGCCUCUCCAGCAAACUCUCGCCCCCUCCUCCUCCACCACCACCGCCGCCGCCGCUUGAAAUACUUCAAACCCCAGAAGCUGAAACCCAAGAAAAGACUCAAAAGAUAGAAAAUGAAGCCCCCAGAAUUGAAUUCUACCAAAAUGGGAAGAUCUUUAUAGGAAAUUUACCAAACUGGAUAAAAAAACAUGAACUUUCUGAAUUCUUCAGUCAAUUCGGGCCUAUAAAGAAUGUAAUUUUGAUCCAGAGUCAUAAUGAGACUGAAAGGAAUGCGGGGUUUGGGUUUAUUAUCUAUGAUGGUCCAAAAGCAGGGAAGUCUGCAAUGAAAGCUGAGGAAUUUGAUGGAAUGGAGUUUCAUGGGAGGGUUUUGACUGUGAAAUUGGAUGAUGGGAGAAGAUUGAAAGCGAAAGCAGAGGAGAGAAAGAAUUGGGUUUAUGGAGAGGAUGGAAAAGAUUAUAGGUCUAAAUGGCAUGAAGAAAGAGAAGGGUCUACAAAGGCUUUUCGGAAGGUUUUAGACACGCAACCGGAGAAUUGGCAGGCAGUUGUUAGUGCUUUCGAAAGGAUUAAGAAGCCUUCUAGAAGGGAGUUUGGAUUAAUGGUGGGGUACUAUGCAAGGCGAGGGGAUAUGCAUCGUGCACGACAAACUUUUGAGAGCAUGCGAGCAAGGGGAAUAGAUCCCAGCUCACAUGUCUAUACGAGCCUUAUUCACGCUUAUGCAGUUGGUAGAGACAUGGAAGAAGCACUGUCUUGUGUUAGGAAAAUGAAUGAAGAGGGCAUUGAAAUGAGUCUGGUGACUUAUAGCAUAGUUGUCGGAGGAUUUGCCAAAUUCGGCAAUGCUGAAGCUGCAGAUUGCUGGUUUAAGAAGGCCAAAGAGAGGCAUACGAAUUUGAAUGCAUACAUUUAUGGGAACAUUAUAUACGCUUAUUGUCAGGCAUGCAAUAUGGAUCGAGCUGAAGCUCUGGUGAGAGAGAUGGAAGAAGAAGGUAUAGAUGCUCCUCUUGACAUAUAUCAUACCAUGAUGGAUGGUUACACUAUGAUUAGAAAUGAAGAAAAAUGUCUUAUUGUAUUCAAAAGGCUUAAGGAAUGUGGAUUUGCUCCUUCAGUGAUCACCUAUGGAUGUCUCAUCAAUAUGUACACCAAGAUUGGUAAAGUUUCUAAAGCCCUGGAGGUUAGCAAAAUGAUGAAAUCUGUUGGCAUAAAGCAUAACAUGAAGACAUAUUCCAUGUUGAUCAACGGGUUCUUGAAGUUAAAAGAUUGGACCAAUGCAUUUGCAGUUUUCGAAGAUGUUAUCAAAGAUGGUUUGAAACCUGAUGUUGUCCUCUAUAAUAACAUUAUCAAAGCUUUCUGUGGAAUGGGAAAUAUGGAUCGUGCCAUCCAUAUGGUGAAGGAAAUGCAGAAGGAAAGAUGUAGGCCUACAUCACGCACAUUUAUGCCCAUUAUACAUGGAUUUGCAAGAGCUGGAGAAAUGAGGAGGGCCCUAGAAAUUUUUGAUAUGAUGAGGCGGAGUGGGUGCAUCCCAACUGUGCAUACCUUCAAUGCUUUGGUUCUUGGCCUUGUUGAGAAGCGCAAGAUGGAGAAGGCUGUUGAAAUAUUGGAUGAGAUGGCACUGGCAGGUGUAAGUCCAGAUGAACACACAUACACGACAAUCAUGCAUGGUUAUGCAGCAUUAGGUGAUACUGGAAAGGCCUUCGAGUAUUUUACCAAAAUGAGAAAUGAAGGACUACAGCUUGAUGUAUUUACAUACGAGGCACUGCUCAAGGCGUGUUGCAAGUCAGGCAGGAUGCAAAGUGCUUUAGCAGUUACUCGAGAAAUGAAUGCUCAAAAGAUUCCAAGAAACACCUUUGUCUAUAACAUAUUAAUUGAUGGAUGGGCUCGAAGAGGUGAUAUUUGGGAGGCUGCUGACCUUAUGCAGCAAAUGAAUCAAGAAGGGGUUCAACCUGAUAUUCAUACCUACACAUCUUUUAUAAAUGCUUGUUGCAAGGCUGGAGAUAUGCUGAGAGCAACAAAAACAAUGGAAGAAAUGGAAGCUGCAGGGGUGAAGCCAAAUGUGAAAACCUACACCACGUUGAUUCAUGGGUGGGCAAAUGCUUCUCUUCCAGAAAAGGCUUUGAGCUGCUUCGAAGAGUUGAAGUUGGCCGGAUUAAAGCCUGAUAAAGCUGUGUACCAUUGCUUAAUGACAUCAUUGCUGUCAAGGGCUACUGUUGCUGAAGCAUACAUUUACUCGGGGAUACUGUCCAUUUGUAGAGAGAUGAUAGAGUUUGAGUUGACUGUAGAUAUGGGGACUGCAGUUUACUGGUCCAAGUGUUUACGCAAGAUUGAAAGAAUAGGUGGAGAGCUUACACAGACCUUGCAGAAGACCUUCCCUCCUGAUUGGAACGCACAUCAUUCUCUCGAGGCUAACCACGAAUCAGAUAUCAAUGAUGAACCCAGCAUUCAUGGUGAUAAUGACAUGUUUUUGGCUGGUGUGAAUGAUGGAGAUGGCGAUGAUGAGGAUGAUGAUCAUCAUUAUCGCAAGGGUUUUAACCAAAGACUGUGGGUCUAAACCAGGUUAGGAGUCUGGAGUCAAAGCUUGAAUCAAAUAUGAUAAAAACUCGAGAGGGUUAGUUUCUCAAGAAAUUUUUAACUUCUACCAGCUUCAAUUCUCACGUAGCAACAUUAUCUUUGCCUUCAUCAAUAUUAUAGUUGAAUGAAAAUCAAGAUUCAAAUUAAUUUAACCUUUUAUAUAUAUGAAAAUCAAGAUUCAAAUCAUUAAAA